AGAGUGCGCCUUGCGCCGCGGGAUGUGAGGAGCACUCGAGCGAGCCAUCUGUGUGUGGCGUGCUUGCCGUCGGAGUGAAGACGAGUGUGCGUGGGCCAGCGUGCUGUGUUCUGUAGCUGCGAGUUGCUUUGUGUGUUUCCAGUUUGUCGAGUGGAGAUGUCCGUUAACGAAAUGUUCAGCAGCAUUCAGGAAUUCCUCAGUGCCGACCACGACGUGAGAGAGGACAUUAGAAAAGUUGUGCAAGUCCUUGAACAAACUGCAAGGGAAAUACUAACUGUGCUUCAGAGCGUCCACCAAGCAACUGGCUUUAAAGACAUACCAAGUAAAUGUUUGAGAGCCCGAGAGCUGUUUCUCACAGUAAGGAAUCAUCUGGGAGAUCUGAAGACAAAGUUUCCAGCUGAGCAGUAUUACAGGUUUCAUGAACACUGGAGGUUUGUGCUGCAGCGUCUCGCUUUUCUGGCAGCUUUUGUUGUUUAUCUGGAAAGUGAAACUUUGGUGACUCGUGAAGAAGUUGCACAAAUAUUAGGCAUUGAAGUUGAAAGAGAAAAGGGCUUUCAUCUUGAUAUUGAAGAUUAUCUGUCUGGGGUGCUGACUUUGGCAAGCGAGCUGUCUAGACUGGCUGUGAACAGCGUCACUGCUGGAGACUACACCCGGCCACUUCGGAUUUCAAAUUUCAUAAACGAACUUGACUCAGGAUUCCGACUUCUUAAUCUGAAGAACGAUCCCUUGAGAAAGCGCUAUGAUGGCCUCAAGUAUGAUGUGAAGAAGAUUGAAGAGGUGGUCUAUGACCUGUCUAUCAGAGGACUUAGUAAGGUGCAAGAAUCUGAGACUGCGUAUGAAAAAUAGUAAAUGUAGAAUGCCGGGCCGUAGUAGCUGAGAUUUCACUGGGUCUUUAACGAUAAGAACGACGGAUUCCAUCAGCAUUUGAACUAGGAAGGCAGUCUUAAUUUGGGGUGGGAAAUUGUUUCUGAAAGCAUAGCACAAGGCUGGCAGCUGCUAGUGGGCACUGAAGCAGCUCUCUCAUCACUCACUCACUCACUCACUUUGACUUGUCCAGUAGUUUGUUCAUUCAGGGUCGCAUCUUGUGGCUUAAGGAGAUGUGGAGAUUUCAGCGGCGACAAAAGCAAAGAGAAAAUGCCGAGCGAGCAUUGAUUGAUCGAUCGAUCGUUACCUCUUCAAGAGGAAGAUGCCAUUUCAACACAGUCCUUCUGCAAUGAUACAAUACCAAAGUAGGCGUAUGUUUUAUAUUUGCUGCAAUCUGCUUUAACAGUCCGGUGUAUCUGUAGGAAAUAGUUUUUACUCCAGACGGUUUUGAUAAGAAAUUUCAAAAUUGCUUUAAAAUGUUUACAAUGUUUUGUGUAUUUAAUGCACUUAAUGCAGCAAUACAUUUGGGACUACCGGGCAGAUCUUCGCCAUUAUUUGAUUUAUCCUUAGAUCUCUGGGGAAGUAAACGCAGACAUUUCUUUAUUAGGUAGGCAGGCAGGCAGGCAGGCAGGCAGUGGCCGUGUUCUUUAGUUAGAUUUCUUUUGGAGAGGCCGAGGCAGGUGAUGGUGAGACAGACAACUUGUCCAGUUUUUGUGAACAUUCCAUGGCCAUCACAUUGAACCUGCAGUCAGAGCUCGUGUUAGUCCAGUCCAGUGGUUACUCUUCAUCCUCGUACCUCACACGCUCCGACGCUGGUUACAUGAAUGAUAUUCUUCAUCAUUUGGUGUUUUCUCUCUUUGAAAGUGCAAUACCCCCCCGAGUUCCAUGCCAUGUUGUUGAAAUUCUCAAAUCUGGCAGCUGUUUAAUUAAUGUGAUUUGUUGGCACUGAAUUUAUCUUUAAAAACAUGGAAUGCGCAGGUCAUUUGUGGCCUUUGUCUUUUGCACUUAAUGUGUGCACACUUUCUGUGGGUCUGAAGUUCAUUUCCUAUUCUUUUGAUUCAGGUUUUCAAGGAACUUUGUGUAUUGUACUUCCUUAUUGUAUAGGACCUCUAGGUGAUUUCAUUUAAACACAGUUUUCUUUUUUUUUUCUUUUUUAAUAGGAUAAGUAGAUCAGUUUUCAAAAUAUGGGUAAAUAAAUGAGCAGUGGAAACAGGAUAUAGAAAUUGUUACGAGCCGCAGUGUGCUUUCAGAUGUCGUAUUACAAAACGGGUGAAUUGUAGAGAGUGGAUACCUGAAUGCAGGCGACUGUCCUCGGGUGGGCCUUUGACUCGCCGCCCCGCUGAUCUGAGGGCAGUGAGGCUUCACAUUGCGACAAGUGAGACUCUGGGCUCAUCAGUGGUGAGGAGCAAAUAUCAGUUUGUAUGUUAGCAUUGACUCCUCUGUGGCUGCUGUUUUAUUUGGUAUUUUUCUGGCACCUCGUUGGUUUUGUUGUGCCCUCCUGCUUUCCAUGUUAUUGUCAAUUGAUGCAGUCCAAGGGCUGUUUAAUGGUCUUGUACCUUUCAGUUCUGUUCACGUUCUUCUGGGAUGUCUUUCUGCUCUGCUUUUUAUUGUUCUAUGACCCCUUAAAACGCGUCUCUUACAUGUUUGAAUUGUCUGGUUAAAGUGAACAUAAUGUUCAAAUCCUGCGUGUUCUGCCACUGCUGCACGACACGACCGUCUGUCUGCCUCAUUUUUACCACCAGAAUGUCCAAAGGUCAAUUCUGUCACGUUGACCCUCCAGCCCCUGUGUUGACACCAUUUUAGCACUCUAGGAAGAGAGUUCAGUGUUCGAAGGAAGUAAAUACGUCCAGUUUUCAUUUUUGUGAUUGUUGCUCAAGGCUUACGAGUAAACUGUGACCCCUCCGGCUUGCAUGGUGCGAUGCGCCGUGUGUUCUGUGCACGCGUCCCGUCGAGCUUCAUGGCUGCGGCUCUGUACAGGCAGACCUCCUUUACACGUACAGUGGGCCGCCCUCCUCUAUCUGCUCUACGUUUCAUUUUUUGGUGUAAAACUUAAAAUACAAAUAUUGUACUCACCGCUGUGACAUCUCUGUUGCUGUCGUGACUUACAGCAAGUCUCUGAAAAAACGAACCUCUGACAGGAUCGAGUCAUUUUGAACGAGAAGCACUUCUCUCUCUUUGAAAGCGCAUUUUACAACUGGGUAGAAUUUGUGCCACUUUCAAGAUUUUUGUACCUUUUAUUUGUUUCCGUGUUUUCAGAGCAAUAUUAUAUUGGCUGCAUUUUGUUUUGUAAAAUGAAAAUGUCAAGAAAAAUACUUAAAUAAAUGGGGGGAAAAAAAGGCA